UCCCAUAGAACUCAGCGUACCCCUUUGCAAUAUAUUUCAGUGCUAACACACCUAUUUUUUUAAAAAUUCGGUUCCUGUUUCGACUUUUUCUAGUCACAUGCUGUCAAUUAGGGAAUAUAUAAAUAAAAUUAAGAAAUUUUUUGCUGAAAUGCCCUUCCCAUCAAUUGUUCCACACAUUGUUGGCGAUGAUGAUUCCGAGACGACCGAGACUAGUGGAAAUCCGAGUUCAAAAUCUCCCAAGUCACCAAGCUCUUCGGUGUCGUCUUAUGAGGAAACUGAGGAUGAGGAGGAUAUGGACAGUUUGGAUGAAGCUGACUGGUCAAUGAAUGUCAGCCACAUAGCACGGACACCCGAACGCCAACCGAGUCCUAUUUGUGGAGAUAGUAUGGAAGAUUGCAGCACAAUUUCUUCUGUUAAGGAAGAGGAUCCUCCCGAAGUCCCCGCAAUAGGCCUUAAUGAGCCUGGUCCUAGAACUGAGGUUCUAAUAAACCCUAAUGAAAGCCCUCAAAACAUACCAACUGAAAGUCAGGCUGAAUUACAAUUCUCUGCCAGCAGCUCUCCACAAUCGGUCCUUCCACCUAAACUUCGCUUUUUAAGGAAGAUGAACGAGUCGCAGCCCUAUCCAACUGUGGCCAAUCCACUACGCAAUUGUGCCUCCCACGCGGAUUAUUCUUUCCCGGAAACCAUUGGCGGACGGGUGGCUAGGCGGGGACGACGCAGCAUUUGUCAAGCCAUUAGCAUUCGGCCAACCGAAGAGGAUUCGUCUGUGGCUGUGGCUAAACCACUUGAUGUCACUGCUUAUUUCCACCAGGUAUCGGCGGAGCUAGUCCAGAAUCGGGUCAGUCUAGUACAUUUCUUGGCUUUGCAAGAGCGACUCGAUCGUUUAAUGGCCCAGACUUUGGUUGAUUCAAAGAUGUUGCGCAAACAGCGACCUCCACGUUCUGUUUAGGAGCCGUUGAGUUAUCAAGCUUAAGCUUUCUGUGUUAUUUAGCUUCAAAAUAACUUUUGGGAAAAGCUAAAGCGCUUAUUAUUCACAACAAAAGUCUUUUUUAAGGAAACUUAAGAAAUUCCUACAUAUUUAUUAAGAUUAUUCUUAUUUUUUCAAAAAAUUUGUAGAUCUUUAUUUAUAUUGUAUAGAUCUUAUAUGCUUUUUGUUUAUUCGAAACUUUUCUGACUAAAAUCGAAAGAUUUUUUCCAAAUCAAUAUAAUAAAGAUCAUUCUU